AUGGCCAUCGACGCCGUCGUCGGCCUGGGUCAGCCCAUCGACCUCGUUAUCUCGGGUGGCGUCUCGGCCGUCUGCGGCCGCGCCGGAGGCUGCGACUUUGAUGUCACGCCCAUGGUUGUCCACGCCGUCUCCGGCAAUGUCACCUCGUUUGCCGCUGCCGCAGAGGGCCUCGAGCCCGGCAAGCACACACUGGACGUCUCCGGGCCAACAGGCCUCGCCCACGCUUGCACCGCAGUUGCCGUCGCCGGGGACGGCUCCGAACUCAACUGCACUGCCUUCUUUCCGCCCAUCGAGAUCGCCGGUAACUACUCGACGUACAUCCGCUACAACUCGCCAACCGAUGCCGCCUCGUCGGCGGCGCCCGCGGCGUCGGCUGACGCCGUCGCCGUCUCGGUCGCCGCCGCCCCGUGCACCGUCGUCGCCAUCAACGCCACGCUCCUCACCUGCACCCUCGCGGCCGAUCUCUCGGUCGGGACCGUCGGAGACGUGGUUGUCACCGUUCACGAUACCCCUUCCAUCUGCGUGGGUGCCUGCUCGAUUGAGGCCGUCGACGUCCUCAUCACAAGCAUCGCGCCUACCGCAGGCUCUGUCUCGGGCGGCUACACCCUCACUGUCUCUGGCGAGGGCUUUGUCGACUCGCUCGCCGACCUCAACAUCACCGUCGGCGGCGUCGCAUGCACCGUCACAGCCGUCUCCUACACAGCCGCCGAAUGCACUGUCGGCUCUGCAAACGUCGCCGGCCUCGUCGACGUCAACAUCACUGGCUCUGCACGCGGCGAGCUUCUCGCCGCCUUUGACUACCAGUUUGCCAUCCACGCCAUCCUCUUUGAUGCCGCCUCGUCGCCGCGGUCCGUCGUUGUCUCGGGCAUCGGUUUUGCUGCGCCCGCACUCACUGACCUCGUCCUUGACGCCGUUCCCUGUGCCUCGUCGACAUUUGUCAACGACUCGUAUGCCGUCUGUGAGCUUCCUGCCAACCUCGGCGGCGGCAUCUUUGGCAUCGGCGCUGUUGGCGUUGCUAACCUUGCCUGCAGCCCGUCGGCGCUCCCCUGUUCCAUUACGCUGCCGGCCGUUGUCGACGCCUCGACGCCCGAUAGGGCCUGGUCGGGCGGCGGCGAGAUUGUCGUCAUCUCUGGCGCCGGCUUUGUCGGCGCCGGCUCGACUAACUUGACCGUCGUCAUCGGUGGCGUCAAUGCCACCGUCGCCGCCGCCAACUUUACCACCAUCGAGGCCGUCAUGCCGGCCGUCCCGGUUGGUUCCCAGCCCAUCGAGAUCUUCACCGAGUCCGUCGCCGCAUCCGGCUCCGCCUCGGUCGACACCUUUGGUGUCCUCCUCCAGCGCGUCGCUGUCCUGGCCGGCACAGACCGCCAGGUCUCCGCCUGCGGCGGCGAGCGCCUCCGUCUCGAGGGCUUUGGCUUUGGCCCCGAUCCUGCUGACGUCGCCGUCAUCUUCGGCGGCUCGCCCGAUGGCUGCGUCAUCGACACCGGCUCGUUCUCGUCCACAGCCUUUGAGUGUGUUGUCUCGGACGCGCUUGCUGUCUGGGCCGGCCAGCUCUACGUCUCCGUCUCUGGCCUCAACUCCACCUGCGUCAGCCCCGGUGCCUGUGACCUCGCAGUCGUCGCCGAAGUCACCUCGGUCCUGCCCGGCUCCGGCUCCAUGGCUGGCGGUGUCGCCGUCGCCAUCACAGGCUGCGGCCUCGACAUCGCCGCGGCUUCGGGGGUGUCACAGUCGCAGAGACCUCGCAGACAUGUGACGUUGCAGCACUCAACCGUUCGCGUUGGCGCCGCCCGCUGCUCAGACCCUGUAUGCUCCUGGAUCGGUCGCGGCGAGCUCGCAUCCGUCUCCCCGCCCUGGCUCGUCGCCAACGACCCAGCCGCCUCUCUGCUGCUCUCUGGCUACGGCUUUGGUACUGUCUCGAACGUCACCAUCGUCUCGGUUGCCAGCGGCGAGCGCCUCAACUGCUCUGUCUCGGCCGCCGCCGCCAACGGCACCGCCCUCUCCUGUCGCCCAGACUACCCGCGCUCGUUCUAUGGUACCUACAUCGUGUAUGUCGUCACCCGUGGCGUCGAUGCCACUUGCUUCGCCUGCUCGUUUGAGAGCUCAGUCGCCCUCAUCGAGGCCGUCGCGCCGACAGCCAUCGCCGCCGACGGCUCGCUCGCACUCACCCUCGCGGGUCAAGGCUUUACUGGCGUCACCACCCUCGGCAUCCGUGAGCCUGGCAUCGUCGCCGCCCCGGCCGACCUCAUUCCCUGUACCGUCAACGGCGGCCUCUCCACCGAUACUUCCCUCGUCGUGCUCUGCGACGAGGCCGUCGGAUCAGCUGGCUACACUGUUGAGUACGACGAGGGCGGCCAGGCCGCCGACUGCCUCGUCGCCGGCGGCUGUGUCGUCGACGUCGACCCAGUCGCCUCGUCCAUUGCGCCCGCCUCGAUCACUGUCCGUGGCGGCACCAUCACCAUCUCCGGCUUUGGCUUUGAGGCCGGUGUCAACGCUUCGCACGCCGCCCGCUUCGGCGGCUCGCCCUGCGCCUCGCUCUCCGUCAUUGGCCCGCACACCCUCCACUGCACCAUUGCAAACGCCACCUACGUCGUUGGCAACUACGGCCUCGAGCUCGAGGUCCACUCCCGCCGCGCGCUCGGCGACGCCGCGCUCUCGCUCGCCCUCCUCCCGGUCAUCACUGCCAUCGCCCCCGCCCACAUCGUCGCCCAGGGCGGUGAGGUCCUGAGCAUCGCCGGCGAGGGCUUUGACUCGAGCCUCCCGCUCGCGGCCUACAACCUCACCCUCGGCGGUGUGGCAUGCAACGUCACGUACGUCUCGCCUUCCCAGCUGCUCUGCUCCUCCGGGCCGUCGCCAACCAACGGUGCCGCCCCGCUCAGCCUCGCUAUCUCGGGCCUCCUUGCCGUCUGCGAGGGUCCCGGGUGCGCCGUAACCUACGCAGAGGCCGUCGUUGACGCCCUCGCCGUCGUCGGCGGCGGCUCGAUCGUCUCCAGCGCUGGCGACUCGUCCAUCGUCCUCACCGGCAUCGGCUUUGGCUCCAUCCUGGGCGACAUCAACAUCACCCUCGCCCACCCGCUCGACGGCAGUGUCAGCUGCACCCCGCUCUCCGCCAACAACACCGCCGUCAUCUGCAGGGUCGAGCCUGGCCGUGCUGCCCUCGCGGUCGGCCUCGCCGCCGUCGAGGUCCGUGGUGCCGCCGCAGCCAUCCGCUCGUCGUCCACCGUCGACUUUGAGCCGGUUGUCGCCGCCCUCGAUCCGGUCCUGCUCGGCGUUACCGGUGGGAGCCAGCUCACCCUCACUGGUGCCGGCUUUGUCGCCGGUGCAGACGUUCGCCUCGGCGGCGUCGCCUGCGCCGCACUCUCGGUCACCCCCGCCGGCGACACUGCAGUCUGCACCGUGCCCGCCGCUGUCGGCGGCAUCGGCGGCCUCGGCACGCUCACCAUGACCAACAACGGUAUGGCUUCCUUUGCCUGUAACGUCUCUGCAUCGCCAGGCUACGCCUCUUCCUGCUCACCGUACUAUGUCGGGGAGGUUCUCUCGCUGUCGACCUCGUCCGGUGGCGUCGACGGCGGCACCCUGCUCAACCUCACUGGUGUCGGCUUUGAGGCCCCGCGCGUUACGCGCGUUCGCAUCGGUUCCAUCGCCUGUGAGCUCGCCUCAGUCGGUCACGCCGCUGUCGCCUGCAUCACUGCAGGCAACGUUGCAGGCGGUGUCUAUCCGGUCGCCGUCGAGCUCAACGACGGUGGCGCCGGCUCGCUCUGUGCCGCCUCGGCCCCGUCGAGCUCCGCCAUCCCGGCCUGUCACUUUGCCUACCUCCCGCGCAUCGACGCCCUCCUCCCACAGGCCGCCGAAGCCUCGGUCGACACGCUGCAGAUUGUCGGUGCUGGAUUUGGUACCUCGCCGUCAAGCCUCCGUGUCGCCCUCGCCGGCGUCGGUAACCUCGUCAUCACCGCCACCGCUGACGCCUCCCUCAACGUCACUCUCCCACCCGGCCUCGACGGCCGUGUGCGGGCCGUAGAGGUCCAGGCCUUUGGUCACGGCGCGGCAUUUGGCGCCAACGCCACCUGCAACGUCUCCUCGAGCUACGCAUGUGCCUUUGUCACCCUCCCGCGCAUUGACUCGAUCAUCCCGCAAGUCGGAUCGUCGGCAGGCGGCGCGAUCCUCACCCUCGUUGGCUCAGGCUUUUCACCUGUCAUUUCCGAGCUGGCGGUCGUCGCCCACGGCCUGCCGUGCACCGUCAUCGCCUCGGCAGCCACCACCCUCGAGUGCGAGCUCGCUCACCACCAGGCCGGCCCGUUUUCGGGCGUCUCACUCACCGUCGCUUACGGCGCCGCCGCAACUUGCAACGCCGCCUCCUGCGAUUUUGUGUACUCGGGUGCCAUCUCGGCCCUCACUCCCUCCUCUGGCGGUGUCGGCACUCUCGUCACCCUCGACGGCAUCGGCUGGCCGACAAACAUCUCGUCGGCGGCCUACGCAGACGUGGUCAUUGCUCUUGGCUCGCUCACCUGUCGCCCGGUUGUCUCGGGAGGCCUCACCGGCCCGAUGCAGUGUGUCGUUGUUGGCCCAGGGCUUCCCAACUCGGGCCCGCUCAACCUCGCCGUCUCCUGGCCCGACGCGCUCAGCUUUGUCGUUGACUCGUCCGCCGCCGUCUUUGACUUUACCCACAACAUCACCGCGCUCCUGCCUCAAGCCGCGCCUGCCUCGGGCGGCAACACCCUUGUUGUCCAUGGCGACGGCCUCCAGCCGCUCAUGACCUCGGGCCCGCGGUCGCAGAUUGUUAUCGACGGCGAGGUAUGCGCUCCGCUCCCGACCGCAGCCUCUUCCGCCACUGUCCGCAACACCUCGUACGCAGACAACAUCCUCGUCGCCGACGCCGCAUGGUCCGAGUACCUCGACGCCGACCUCUACUACGGCACCCACAACAUCUCCUUCGGCUACUCGGUCACCGCCGCAGGCAAUGAGACUGACGCAAGCUGCAGCGUCAGCCUGGCCAUCGGCGGCAACGUCGUCCUCAGUGCCGACUUUGCCGGCGCCUGGCUCGACACCGCUAACCUUCUCGCCACCGCAAGCUCAGUGCUCGUCACAGGUGGUGAGCUGCUAGAAGUGCGGGUGGUCGGCAACGCUUCCCGUUGCGUCGUCGCCGUUGACUACCUUGCUUUUUCCGCCCUCGACGGAUACGGCAACGCCUCGCCAGACGAAGUCUCCUGCAUCGUCCCGCCCGGCCGCGCAGGCGUUUUCGAGCUGCAGAUGUGGAACGGCGGCACGCGCGUUCCGUGCGCCAUCACUCCAGCCUGUAGCUACCAGCGCAUCGGCGGCGUCGCGAGCGUUGUCCCUGCCAUCUCGUCUGCCAACGCCAACCUCACACUCUCGCUCGCCGGCCAUGGCUUUGCACCAGGCGUCGAGAUCUGGCUGGUCCCACACGCCAACACUCUGGCCAACGUCUCGUGCGUCGUCGCCAACACGAGCGACAUCACCCUCGGCGCCCUCACCUGCGACAUUGUCGGGACCGUCGAGCCGGCCGUCUACAACGUCUCGGUCUCGCUGCCGGCUACAAACGCGCCGCCCUUUGCCUACCUCACCCCCGCCGCGCUGCCAGUCACCUGGACCGCAGUGGCUGUCAUCGACGACGUUGCUCCGGCCGACGUCGGUGUCCGCGCCGGCGAGCUCGUCCGCAUCACUGGUCGCGGCUUUGGCGCUUCCGGCUCCGGUGUCGCCUAUGUCGCAUUCGAGCCGCUGGCUGGUCCGGCCGCUGCCGCUGUCCCGUCGGCCACCGGCAACUGCACCGUUGUCGCCGCCUCUGAGACUCAGCUCAACUGCACCUCGCCGCCCCUGGUCGUCGGCCACUAUGUCGUCAAGGUCUACAUGAACCUAGUCGGCGCCGAGGCCGAGUGUUCAGUCGGCGCCGACUGCACCAUCGUUGUCGUCGCUCUCGUCGACAAACUGCUGCCGGUCUCUGGGCCCGCUGUAGGCUCGGACGCGCUGGUCGUCGACGGCGCCGGCUUUGUCCCUUCCGUCGGCGACAACGCCGUGAGCCUCGACGGGCUGCCGUGCAGCCUCGUCUCUGCCAACGAGACCACCAUCGUCUGCAUCCGGCCUCCGGCCCGCGGUGUCGCCACCAACGCCUCGGUCGUUGUCGCCGCCGACUACCCCGCGCGCUGCGUCUCGGACGCCGCUUGUGCCUUUGUUGUCGUUCCCUCGCUCACGGCUGUCACGCCGGCCGCCAUCGACCCGGCCGGCGGCGAACUGGUCACACUCCUCGGCACCGGCUUUGACCCCACGCUCGUCUCUCCGAACGCGUUUGCCUUCCACGGCCUCGACUCGAGUGGCGGUGUUGCCGCUGUAGACGCUGUCGCCUGUCUGCCGCUCGCGCCCCCGUCCUCGCUCGUCAACGCAAGCUGCGUCCAUGGCAUCGCCGCCGUCGACGCCUGCCCCGGUGGCUGCAACCUCACCAUCGCGCUCGUCGUCGAUGCCCAGGCCCCGCGCGUCGGCGAGGCGCCCGGCGGCGACCCGGUCGUCUUUACCGGCCGCGGCUUUGCACCCGACUUUGCAGUCUGGUUUGACCUCCUCGGCGGCCCUGGGCCCGAAUCGGUCGCCUGCAUCGUCGCUGCCGCCAACUUUACCCACCUCACCUGCGUGCCGGACGCCGCCGUGGCUGGCGCGUACGAUGUCCGCAUCACCGGUCGCAACGCCACCUGGGCCUGCCCUCCCGGGGUCUGCAGCUACGAGGUCCUCGCCCGCGUCACAUCCAUGACUCCGGCUGUCGGCCUCGCUUCGGGCGGUGUCACCAUCGACAUCCGCGGCACCGGCUUUGCCAGCGAUCCAAGCCGCCACUCGGUCCUUGAGACCCAUGGCCGCCCGUACGUGUGCGACGCCUCGGCCUUGGGGUGUGGCUUUAACGCGCACCCGACCGUCUCGUCAGUCGCGCCGUCCCGUGUCUACGCCUCUGGUCGCGACAACGUCACCCUUGCAGGCUACGGCUUUGCCGCCAACCUCACCGAUGUGCCGACCCUGGUCUCCGUCGGCGGCGUCGCCUGGGACCUCCGUGAUGGCGCCGACUCAAUCGCCGUCCUCGUUGCCGCCACCCGCUAUGUGACCGGCGGUGAGUACGUUCUCGCCGGCGGCAUGGACUCGCUUCCCUGGGUCUGCAACACCUCGCUCGCCUGCAACAUCACCGUCGUGCCCGAGAUCGCAAGCGUCACCGCCCGCGUCCCGGUUGGCUCCGGCCCGGGUGUGGUCGUUGUGGUCGACGGCGCCGGCUUUGAUGCCCCGCUCUCCGAGCUCGAGGCCUGGCUCGGCGGCGUGCCGUGCCCCGUGCAAGAGGCGAACGCCACGACGCUCGUCUGCCUUCCGCCGCAGGCCGAUGCCACCAUUGUCGUCGGCAGCGUCAUCGUCAUCGUCCAGGGCAUCACCGCCGAGUGCAUCAACCCUUCUGGUUGCGGCCUCGCACGUGUCCCCGAGAUUCACUCCAUCCAGCCACGCGCCGCACUCUACGACCUCACCACCCGCCUCACCAUCGCCGGGCGGGGCUUCUCUGCCGCCCCUGUCAACACCACCGUUGACCUCGGCCCGCACCCGUGCAUCGUCGCCUCGGCCAACGAGACCCAUAUCCUGUGCGACGUCGCCGGCGGCAACGCGUCGCACCCGGUCGUCGUCACCGUCGUCGACGUCAACGGCCUCGCUGCCACCAGUGAGUGCAUUGACGAUGCCGCCGCAGACUGUAUCUUCAAAUUUGUCGAGCCGAUCUGGGUCGACGCCGCUGCCGGCUCAGAGGACGGCUCGUGCGUCUGCAACCAGUCGCCGCCCUACUCGCCCUCGUCGCCGGGCUGUGCCUCCUUUGGCUGCGCGCUCGCUAACGCAUACUUUGAGCACCAUCGCAUCUUUGCCAGAGCUGGCUCCUACUCGGGCCCGCGCAAUGCUCGUCUCUCAUCGCCAGCAAGCCUGGACGUUGUCCUCCGCUCCGUCGAGCCAGACGUCGCCGACGUUGUCGUCGACUGUACUGGUGCCGAUGGUCCGUUCCUCACCCUUGUUGGCCGCGAGGACGUCAGUGGCUUCACCAUCACCCGUUGCGUGAGUGAGAGCCACGGCGGCGGGCUGGUCAUCGCCCCAGGUGCAGCCGUCGUCAUGACUCACAUGACCUUUUCUGCCAACGAGGCCCGCAACGCGUCGUUCGGCGGCGGCGUCUACGUUGCCGGCGAGCUCAACGCCACCGCGCUCACCUUUGCCGCCAACAACGCCACCGCCGGCGCAGGCCUCGCCGCAGGCAAUGCCGCCUCAGUCGUCCUCGUCGACGUCGUCGUCCGCGACUCGGUCGCCGGUGGCGGCAUCGUCGCCGCCGAUGGCGCCUCGGUCGAGCUCCGAGGCUCGUCGUGGAUCAUGGACAACGCCGGCUCCGGUCUGCAGGCCCUCAGCGGUGGUCUCGUCCGCGCCACCAACGCCACUCGUGUCAUCCGGAAUGUCGCAGACUAUGGCGGCGGUCUCUAUGCCUCGGGCUCGGGCUCGACCCUGCUGUGGCUUGCCGGUCAUCCGGACGCAUCGCUGGAAGCCAACGUGGCCGUGUAUGCCGGCGGCGGAGCCUACGCUGAACUGUCCGCCUCGGUCGUUCUCUCUGUUGGACCUGUCCACAACUGCUCUGCUGCAACUGGCCUCGGCGGUGGCGUCGCCGCCGCAUCUACCGGCUCUGUCCAUCUCGCAGCUGGCGUCGUCAUCUCAGACUGCUCUGCCGCGCGCGGCGGUGGUGCCGGCGCCACGGACGCUGGCGUCGUCCACCUCGUCGCGACAACCCGCGUCACAAACUGCCAUGCCUCGGACGCCGGAGGCGCCGCCUGGGCUCAGUCAUCCGGUAUCAUCAACGUCGCAGGCGCCAUCGAUGCUUGCUCGGCUGUCCGCGGCGGCGGCAUCGGUGCCAGUACCUCCGGCUCCAUCUUGGCACCCUCGUCGACCCGCAUCGAGUCGUGCUCCGCCUCGAGCACCGGUGGUGGCCUCUUUGCCGCCGCCGGCGGCUCCGUCGCCUUUAACGGCACCAUAACUGCCUGCUCUGCCACUGUCGGUGGUGGCGGUGCUGCUUCUGGCUCGUCGGCGCUCAUUGAGCUCGUCAGCGCCACCGUGGUCUCCUGCUCGGCUGGAGGCCAUGGCGGUGGACUCUACGCUGACUCUGGUGCCUCGAUCUCGGUCGCUGCCGCCACCAACAUCUCGGCAUGUUCCGCCGGUCUGGGUGGCGGUGGAGUGGCCCAGAACGGGCCAGGCCUCGUCAGCCUCUCGCACUCGCUUGUCACUCACUGUUCCAGCAACGGUGCUGGUGGUGGCCUCUGGGCCAACGCCUCGACCGAAGCUGGCCAGAGAAUGGAGCUGGUCUCAUCAACAGUCACUCACUCGUCGGCUGCGGUGGCUGGAGGCGGCCUCGCGGCGGCCUCGGGCCUCAUUGUCCUCGGCACUGACGUCGUUGUCGCUCACUGCUCUGCCGCCAGUGGUGGGUGCCUCGCGGUCGCCGCUGCCGGUGGCAUGCUUGAGCUCCGCGACAACGCUCUGGUCACCAACUGCUCCGCAACCGCCGACGGCGGCGGCAUCGCAGUCCUUGCCGCCGGUGCCGUGCUCGUUACCGACUCGGUCGCGAUCGAGACCAACACCGCCGGACAGGACGGCGGCGGCCUUUGCGCCAUCGGCCGUGGCGCGAUAUCCGUCCAAGCCUCUGCUUCGGUCACGGCCAACACUGCCGGCCGACAUGGCGGUGCCGUCUUUAUCGCCGACGCCACCUUUGGCUCGUCCGGUAGUGCUGCCAUCCACGCCAACGUCGCCGGCGCCGACGGCGGAAGUGUGGCCGUCGGUCCCGACGGCUAUGCAGUCAUCAACUCUGCGCUCACCAACGCCACUGCUGGGGGUCUGGGUGGUGGCGUCGCCGUCCGCGGCGGGCGCGCCGUCCUCGGCCUACUCGGCAGCGUCUCGGCCUCGUCUGGAUCCGUCCGCGGCGCCGCUGUCACCGUCGAUGGCACCGCUGGUCUUGUCAGUGUCUUUGACUUGGCUGGCGGCCGUGUUUCUGGCGCUACUGGCGACGGACUCUACGUUGUCGGCGUCGGUGCGCUCCUCAACAUGACCGCGGGCACCAUCGAAGCCAAUGCCCGCAACGGGCUGGUGGUCGAAGGUCCCUCCGGCACGCCCACACUUGUCGCCGGCCCGAGCAGCUUCAUCACGCGAAACGGGCUCGACGGCGUUGUCGUCCUGGCCAGCGGUGCGCUCGAGGUGCACGACGACGCCGCCAUUGCUGCCAACCUUCGGCAUGGCAUCUGGGCUGGGACCGCCGGGCGCAUCACGCUCUACGGCGGCAACGUGACAGCCAGCGGUAGUGACGGCAUCGUCUGCUACUCUGCCGCCGCCGUCGCCGUCCGCGGCUCGGCGGCUGUUGUCGACUCGGGCCGUGACGGCCUCGUCGCCGACGGCUGUGCCGAUGCAACCGUCGCCGCCGGCGGCCGCGUUCUCUUCUCGGCGCGCUACGGCAUCCGCGGCGAGAACGCGUCGAUUGUCGUCCUGGGGAAUGGCGGCGAGGUCGCCGACUCGGCUCACACCAACCUCUGGCUCGGCGAGUCGGCCAAUGCCACCAUUGCAGGUGCGCUCAUCCGCUCUACCUCUAGCGGGCUCGUCAUUAACCCAGGCGCAACCGUCACUGUCGCCGCUGGUGGCUACAUUGCUGGCUCGGCUCUCCAUGGCAUCGAGGUCGCCAUCAACGCCUCGCUCAUCAUGACCGGCGGCCGCCUCGAGGCCAACGCCGGCUCGGGCAUCGCCGUCAACGGCUCCGCCGACGUCCGCGGUGCGUACAUCGUGAACAACGGUCCGGUCGCGUACGGUGCAGGCAUCCUCGCUUACGGUCCGUCCGCCACCGUGGUCCUUCACGCCUCGGUCGUUCAGGGCGGCGAGGCCGCCGGCGCCUGUCUUGCUGUGCGUGCUGGCGCUGCCGCCACUGUCUCCGGCGGCUCGUCGCUGCUCGACGGCCGCGCCCGCGGCGCGUCCAGCGCCGGCGGCUGCGUCCUCGUCGAUGGCGAAAGCUCGACGCUGCUCCUCACCUCGGCUACGCUUCGUGGCUGUGUGAGUGACGGUCUCGGUGGCGCUCUCGCCGUCACCUCGGGUGGAUACGCCUUGCUCAAUGGCUCGGUGCUUGUCUCGGGUGAUGCCGCAAGUGACGGCGGCGGGAUAUGGAUCGACAACGCGCUCGUUGACCUCGCCCACGGGGCCAACAUCUCGUGGUCGGCCUCGGCUGGCCAUGGCGGCUGCAUCGCCAUCUCCGCUUCCGGCUCGGCCACUCUCCGCGACGGUGCUGUUGUCGGCCCGUCUUGCGUUGCCGCCGGCAAUGGCGGCGGCAUCUGGGCCGCUGGAUCGAUCAUCCUCACCUCGGGCGCUGCUAUCCGUGGUGGAGCCGCCGCUGCCGGUAGCGGCGGUGGUCUCGCCAUCGCUGCCGGCGCUCGCGGCUCUGCUAACGACGUCACCAUCUCUGAAUCGACCGCCUCCUACGGUGGCGGCGUGAGCCUGGAAGGCCUCCUCGACUUUGACCUGGGCUCGGGUGUGGCCAUCACCGGCUGCUCUGCUUCCACAAACGGUGGUGGCAUUGCGCUGCUUGCCACCGUCUCCAUCUCCUCUGUCAUCUCGUCGGGAGCCACCAUCUCCCACUGUACUGCUGCCGGCAACGGCGGCGGUGUGUGGGCCUCGGGUGGCGCCUUUAACGUCACCGGUCUCAGCAUCGCAUCCUCGACCGCCACCGCAGGCGAUGGCGGCGGCAUGUGGCUUGGAGGCGCAGCUGCGGCAAAUGUCGACGCUCUCGUCGUCGUCGCGUCGUCGGCCGGCCGCCACGGGGGCGGCAUCGCGCUCGCAGAUACAUCCGGUGCGCUCGUCAACACCACUCUUGUCAACACCACCGCCGCAGACUCGGGUGGCGGCGUCGUCAUCCUCGACGGCUACGCCGGCUCCAUCGCAGCCCUCGACGUCUCCGGCUCUGUCGCGGUCCGUGGAGGCGCCCUCGCCGGCUCGGCCACCAACAUCACUGACCUCACCGCCACCAGCUGCUCCGCGCUCUUUGGCGGCGGUGUGUGGGCAUCACUAGGUGUGACGCCGGCGCCGCUGAUUCUCAUUGGCGGUGCCAUCGAGUCGAGCACUGCUACCAGUGGUGGUGGCGGCGGCGCCGCUGCCGUUGGCGGGUCGGCCUCGGUUCUCCGCCUUGUCGGUACACGCGUCGUGGCCUGCUCCGCAAGCGAUCCGGGGCAUGCUCUGCUCGCCAUUGACGCUGGUCGACUCGAGCUUGUCGAUGUCGUCAUUGCAAACCCCGCCGGCUCCGAGGGAGCCGUGGCGGUUGUUGGAACCGAUUCGGUCGUUGACGCCCAUUCCUGCGAUGUGGUAGUCACCGACAUGGGCGGCCGCGCCUUUGCUGCCCUCGCGCAUGGCUCGCUCCUCCUCACCCAGAUCACCGUUGCUCGUGGUGGCCUCGUCGUCGACGCUGGCUACGCCACCCUCGACUCGGUUGCGUUCUCCAACGCGCAUGUCAUCGGCUCGGGUGGUGCUAUCCUGGUCUCGCACGUUGCCGCUCCGGGCUCGGUCGUUUUUACGGACGUCUCGCUCUUCAACUGCUCGGCAACCGCGUACGGCGGCGCACUCGCUGUCGUCAACGCCACUGUUUCAGCUACUCGGCUCAACGGUACGCUGGCAAGCGCAGGCGGAGCCGGUGGCGUCGUCAGUGUCUCGGGCAGUGCUUCUCUGCUCACGCUCGUCGACGCGCACCUUGCCUCAGGCGCUACCGCAUCCGGUUCAGGUGGCUGUGCCUUUGUCGGCGACGGCGCACGGCUUGAUGGCCUCGGGCUGCACGUCACCUCGUGCAGCGCCAGCUCCGGUGGCGGUUUGGCCAGUAGCGGUAGCGCCUCGCUGCUCUCGUUGGGCGCAGACUCUGUUGUUAAUAGCUGCUCGGCCACUGCUGGCGACGGCGGUGGUCUGUGGGUCGGCCCUGGUGCGCUCCUUGCCACCGACGCUGUCUCCGUCGUCGCCUGCGUCGCGACAGGACGCGGCGGCGGCAUUGGCAUCGAGUCGGCGGCGGGCGCGACGCUCAACACGACGCUCGUCGUCGACUGCAUCGGCGGCGCUGGUGGUGGCGGGGUGUGGGCAUUCGGCGGCCAGAACGCCGGUGCCGUCACGCUCGACGCCGUCACCCUUGUCGGCAACGACGGCGGCUCGGGUUCUACCAACUCCUUUGCGCUCGAGCCGACUCGUCGCGAGCUCAACCCCGGCAACGUGCUUGCUGGCGGCGGUGCGCUCUUUGACAACGCAACCGUCAUUGCCACGUCGGUCAACGUGUCGCGCAACGCGGCAUCAGUCGGCGGUGGCCUCGCUUUCUACAACGGGAGCACCGGCUACGUGGCCGACUCACACUUUGCCCACAACUCAGCCGAGUCUGGCGGUGGCUGGUACAUCCGCGAUGACGUCUCGCUCGGCGCCUCGGGCAUCUCGUUCGACAACAACACCGCAGCCGCCUACUUUGGUGGUGGCAUCCACAUCCACCUCGCCACUCUCACCCUCACCGCUUCCAGCUUCUCACACAACUCGGCGGCGCUCGAGGGCGGCGGCAUCUUCUGCUGGCAGUCGUACCUCACCACAGCCUCCAUCGUUCACACCGGCAACUUGGGCGGCGACGCCGUGUGCUCUGGGUGUGUCUCCGAGUCUGGCGACUCGCCAUGUGUGUUCUCGCAGGACCGUGUCUACGUUGACAACGUGUACGGCAACGACGGCGAAGACUGUAAGUGUCUGGGCGACUGCCGCACCAUCCAGUGCGCGCUCAACCUGGUCGCGCCUGGCCUCGAGGUCCGCAUCCGCGACGGCGUCUACACCGGUGACGGCAACCGCGACCUGUUUGUGCCGGACGGCAAGCCGAUGCGCAUCGUCUCCCACUCAGAGAACGCCGCCGGCGUCGUCCUCGACCUCUCGGUCGCGUCUGGCCACCGCGCGUUCAACCUGACUGGCGUCGGCCGCGACGUCAUCGUAGCCGCCCUCACCGUCCGCGGCGCCGAUGUGACCGGCGACGGCGGUGCGUUCUGGAUCGGCCCAACCUCGGGCCCGGUCCUCGCCAACGUUGUCGUCGAAGACUGCACCACCUCCGGCGACGGCGGCGCCGUGUACGCCGCCCCGGGCUCAGCCGCAGACCCCAGCCCGGCGGUCUCGAUCAACUCGGUCGUCGUCUCCCGCUGCUCAGCUGGUUCUGUUGGUGGCGCCCUCGCCCUCGGUGAGCGGGUGAACGUUUCGCUCGUCGACCUCGCCAUCCGCGACACCUCGGCGUCGGCCGGUGGUGCGCUCUGGAUAGACGGCCUCGAGGGCUCGUUCAUUGCCGGCGUCAACAUCACCAGCUCGGUUGCCACUGCAGCAGGCGGAUGCGUCUACGUCACGGGGGCCGCCACAAGCGUGCGGCUCCAAGACGUGGCGCUGGCCAGCUGCGUCGUCAGCGCCGGCGGCGACGGCGGCGGCAUCGCCGUCCGCGGCGGCGCCGUCGUCGAGCUGGCGUCCGGCUCUGAAAUCCUGCAGAGUCUUGCUCCAGGCGGCUCGGGCGGUGCCGCUUCGGUCACCGGCGCGGGCUCGCUUCUGGUAGUGGGCGAGACAAGACUCGCCGGCAACAAUGCCACCAUCGGCGGCGGUGUCGCUGUCUCUGACAGCGGGCGCGUCGAUGUCGUCGCUGGCGGCAUCGUCGAGCUCAACCACGCCACCGUCGGUGGCGGCUUUGCCGUCAACGGCUCGGCUGGCGGCAUCGUCGCCUUUAAUGCAUCCUCGGUCCUCCGUUAUAACUCGGCGCUGGUCUACGGUGGAAACGGGUACGCAGUCAACUACGGUCAGGUCCUAGUUGACUUUGCCGAGAUCGCCGGCGGCUACACCGGCAUCUCGGGCGGUGGCCUCUACCUCUUUGAGUUUGCCACCCUCAGCAUCUCCAACACCUCCAUCCAUGACAACACUGCCGGUGCCCUCGGUGGUGCCAUCUACUGCAACCGCUUCGGCACCGUCUUGGGCUCGGGCAACGUGUACUCGGGCAACUCGCCGCCGAACCGCUGUGCGCUCUGCGGCAUCGACGGUGACCUCACCUGCCUGAGCGACAUCGUCGUCGACGACGUCAACGGUGACGACGGCAUCGACUGCCAGUGCGUCGGUGAGUGCAAGUCGCUCCACUGCGGCAUCCAGGGUGUGACCUGCUUUGGCUCGCGCGUCCUCGUCCGCCCCGGCACUUACACCGGCCCGCUCAACCGCGGCCUCAGCUUUGGCGGCAAGGCCUUCGACCUAGAGGCCGUCGGCUCGCCCGCAAACACCAUCAUCGACUGCGGCCUCGCCGGCCGUGCGCUCACCUUUGAGAACGGCGAGGCCACCAUCAGGAUCAGUGGCUUUACCUACCGCAACUGCGGUGGGCCGUCUGUCGACUACGGCGGUGCCAUCCUUAUCAGUGACGGCGCGCCGCAUCUCGACAACGUCGUCUUUGAUUCGUGCUCCGCCACCACAGGCGGUGGCGCCGUCUGGGUCGGCAGCGCUGGCCAGCUCUCUGUCGCAGACGUCACCUUUACCUCGUGCUCCGCUGGCGCGGGUACCGGUGGCGGUGUCGGCGUCGCUGACGGCGUCCUCAAUGCCACCAUGGUCGACUUUACCGCCCAGCACUCGAGCGUCUGGAUCGGCAGCGGCGUCGAUGCCGUCCUGGAGCGCGGCACCCUUACCGGCUCGCCGGCCGGACUCGUCGUCGCCAACGGCUCACUCCAGCUCCGCAACGUCACCCUCGCCAACGUCACUUCAAACACCGGCGCCGCGCUCACCGUCGUCGGCUCACGCGCCGUCGUCGUCCUCGCUGCCGACGUCGCCCUCACCGGUUCGCAAGGCUCGGCCAUUGCCGUCUCGGACGGUGGCCUCGCCGUCGCCGCCGGCGCGCACAUUACUGCCACCGACGGCGGUGACGGUGUGCUGGUCUCGGGCGCAGGCUCCAUCGCUCGCCUCGAGAACGCAACCGUUGUUGAGCGCGGCCGCGGUGGCGUAGCUGUCCACGCUGUCGACGGCGGCCGUAUCAUAGUCCACCAUGUUGGCACCGCGCUUCGUGAUGGCGAUGGCGACGCUGGCUACGCCGAGACCGGUGGCCGCAUCGACCUCCUCGAUGGCGCCGUCGUUGCUGGCGCCUCCGGCUCCGGCUUGGUCGCCGCCACGGGCGGUCUCGUGUACAUCGCUGACGCGAGCACCCGGGUCGAGAACCAAACUCUUGCCGGCGUUCGGCUCGCGGCUGGCGGCCUCGCCCAGGUCCACAACGCCACCAUCGCCCGCAACGGCAUUGGCGUCCAGGUUGACGGUGUCGACGCGGUCUGGCUCGGCCUCGCCGCUGCCAUCACCGACAACGUCGACAGUGGCAUCUUGGUUCGCUCCGGUGGCGUGGCCCACCUCCAGAGCUCCACUUUGGUGGCCCGCUCCGGCGGGUGGGGUCUCGUCUCUGCCGUCAACGGCAGCAUUCUGGUCAACGCAUCGCUUGUCGACGCCAACACUGCCGGUGGCGCGCAGGCUGUUGGUGUUGGCGCGCGCAUCCAGCUGACGCUCUCGACUGUCUCUCGCUCCGGUGGCCGCGCUCUCGCCGCAGUCGAUGCUGGGGAGCUCGUUGCGCUUGACUCGGUCUGUGAGUUGAACGUUGUCGCUGGCUGCGGCCUCGCCGCCAACGGAACCCUCCGCUGGACCUCCGUCCUUGCCCGCAACAACUCGGCAACGACUGGUGCAGGGCUCUUGGUCGAUGGUGUUGACGGCCUCGCUGUCGUUUCGGGCGGCCGCAUCAUCUCAUCGGUCGCUUCCGGCUGCGGCGGUGCAUUUGCCGUCUCCCGCGCAGGCCGGCUCGAGUUUGCCGACGGCUUUGUCGUCGCGUCUGCCGCAGCCGCCAUGGGCGGCUGUGGUUGUGCGGAGCAAGGCGCUUCGCUCCUGCUCGCCAACGGCACUGUCACCGGAUGUGACGCUGCUGCCCGCGGCGGCGGCCUCUACAUCGGGACCGCGGCGGCGGCGUCGGCGACUGGCCUCGCGCUCACCAAUGCACGCGCCGACGCGGGUGCUGCCGGCUGGGUCGAAGGUGGCGCCUCCCUCACGCUGGCAGCCUCGCGCCUUGCAGACUGUAACGCCACUACAGUCGGAGGCGGAAUCGGCGCCGAGACCGAUGCCACCGUCGUGCUCUCGGACAGCUCGCUCGUCACCAACUGCGUCGCUGGCGUCUCUGGUGGUGGGAGCUGGUGUGCGUCAGGUUGCUCCUUUAACGUCACGGGCAACUCUACCAUUGCCAUGUGCGUUGCUUCCUCCACCGGCGGCGGCGCGGCUGUGGGGCCUGGCGGUACGCUCAGUCUCUCGUCCGCCAUCAUCGCCCGCAACAACGUGAGCGAGACGCUCGCCGCCGGGCGCGGCGGUGGCGGUCUUGCUGCUGUCGGCUCGGCUGGCACUCCGGCAACCCUAAUUAUGGUCAACUCACGUUGCGAGGACAACCACGCCCGCGGCGGUCUCGGCGGCUGCCUCUACGGCAGCUUUGCCGCUGUUUCGGUCACCCGCUCGCAACUUCUUCGCGGAUCGGCGGCGUCGGGAGGAUGCGCCGGCUUUGGCUACGGCGCCUCGUCGAUUGUCCUCGCCGACUCGACUUGUGCCGAUGCGACCGCUGUCAUUGUGGGUGGCGGCCUGGUGGCCUCGACUGGAUCGUCGGUCGUCGUCGAUGGCCUGGCCGUCUCGCGCACGACGGCACCGCUGGGCGGAUGCGUCGCCGCCGAAGCAGGCGGCAUCCUCGAGAUACGCGGCAGUUCACUCACCGAGUGUGUGGCCGAGACCGGCGGUGGUGCAGUCGCCACCUCGGGCGGCCGCGUCUUGGCGCUCGACUCGCUCAUCUCGGACUGUGUGGCCACCGCUGCUGGCGGUGGCGGCUUUGCCGCUCUCAACAACUCGUUGGUCGAGCUCGACUCGGUCGCUGUCACACGCUGCUCGGCAAGUGUCGGCAACGGGGGCGGUCUCUACGCCGCUGGCGCCGGCGCCGUCCUCAACAUGACCGCCGCCUCGAACAUCUCGUUCUGCUCGGCCCAGUCGGCCGCGGAGGUGGCCUCUACGCUUCCGCUACCGCCGCCAUCGGCACUUCUUCUGGUGUCGUCCACGCAUCUCCGGCUCACCCGAGUCCUCCACUCAGUCGCCGACGCAAGCUUUGGUGGUGGUCUGGCCGUCGAUGACGGCUGCCAUGUCCUCGCUGUCGGCGUGGAGCUCUCUCACUGCACCGCAGCCUCGUUUGGUGGUGGCAUCGGCGUCUCGUCGUCUGCCACUCGCGUCGACCUCUACGGCGCAACCAUUUCCGAGUCUGCCGCCUGCGAGUGGGGCGGCGGUUCGGGCGUCGUCGAUGGCAGCCUGGCCGCCUAUGGCGGCGCAUGGCGUGGCUCGUGGAUCGGCGAUGCAAACGGCCUGCCGUGCGCUGGCGCGCCUCCGGCCGCCUACGGCGCGGGCAUCGGCAUUGUCGCCGGUGCCCUUGAGCUGAGCGGCGUCACCGUCGCCGACAACAUCAUCGCCGCCGACAUCCUCGGCGUCGCCACUGCUUUCGGUGCCGGCGUCGGUGUCAACUCAUCGGCUGCAAGCGCCAACAUGACCCAUUGCACAGUGGUGGGUAACGUGCUUGUGAGCUCCGCAUCGGCCUCGUCGUCUGAUGUGUUCGGUGCUGGCCUCGGCGUCGGUGCCGGCGGCCUUGCCCUUGCCACCAACGCCAGCUUUGUCCACAACACCGUUUCCGGCGCUGGUGCGGGAGGCGGUGCCGCGGUCUCGGGAGCCGGAUCGCGGCUGGAGCUCCAUGCUUCGCGCUUUUCGCGCUGUGCCGCCCCGCGCGGCGGUGGCGUCGCCGCCACCAGCCGCGGUCUCCUUGUUGGCAGCGCCCUGGAGCUUGACGACGGCAUCGGCUACAUUACCGCCGGUGGUCUGCUCUGCGCAGAUGCCGGCUCGUGCAACCUUGACCGGACCACAGUUGUCCGGAACAACGGCAGCUGUGCUGUCUGGCUGGGUGGCUCGGGCAGUCUGGACUUUGCCGAUCUCGAUGUGCUCGACGCGGCCGAACGCGGUGUGUGCGUUGCUGAUACCGCUGCUGCCUCCUUAGUUCGCGGCUCGGUCGCACGCUCCGCCGCCGAGGGCGUGCAUGUCAGCGGCGGCGCGCGCCUGACGUCCACCGCCGCCACCGUGGUGACCGAUAAUGCGCUUGCCGGUAUCCGGAUUGUCGGCCCGGUGACGACCGCCAUCCUCAAUGCCACCGUCGUCUCGUCCAACCACGAGUCUGGUGUGCUCGUCGAGGCUGGGGCGAGUCUCCGCCUCGACGAAGGCGCUCAGGUCCUCGCCAAUGCCGCCCACGGCAUCCGUGUCGCCGACACCAGCUCGCUGGUCGAGGCCGACAACACGCUCAUCCGCGCCAACAACGUUGGUCGCGGAAGCUCCGGGGGUGGCGUUAGUGUCGCCGCCGGUGCCGUCGCUGUCCUACACGCCUCGGUCGUCCUCUCCGACAACGAGGCUGACAUUGGCGGCAACGUCGCUGUCACCGACGCUGGCUCGCGCCUUGAUCUCCUUGGUGCGUCGCUCCUGGUCGGCCGCGCCUCCUUUGGCGGCUCGCUGGCCUGCUCCGACUCGGGUGUGCUCGUUGCCGCCGGGGCGGUCGUCGCCGACUCGGUCGCGGCUGGCUCGGGCGGCGGCGUCGGUCUCGAUGGUUGCGCCUCGGCGUACAUCUCGCAAAUCACCGUCCGCAACUGCUCUGCGGCGCACAAUGGCGGUGCAUUGGCUGCGGUCAACGGCUCGGUCCUCGUUUUCUCGGCCUCUCAGGCCAACGACUGCUCGGCUGCCGCCACUGGCGGUGGUCUGUACCUGGCGUCGGCUGCCAAUGCGACGCUUACCAGCAGCCAGGUCCUCUCGUGUGUCGCGAGCACCGAUGGCGGCGGCAUCGCUGUCGUUGACGCCCACGUCACUGCCUUGGACCUGUUUGUCUCGCACUGCGACGCAGCCGCUCGCGGAGGCGGUCUCUUUGGCCUCCGCGAGACGUCCUCGGCCUGGACCGACGUCACCGUUGUCUCCAGCUCGGCGGCACUCGGCGGCGGCAUGGCUUGGUCUCACUCGCGCGCCGUCAUCGUCCGCGCCAACGUCUCAUCCUGUGCCGCUACUUUGCAUGGUGGUGGCGUCUGGAUCGAGGACGCCGCCUCGGGUGUUCAGCCAAUCCUCGACGCGGCGCUGCUCGAGAACAACGUCGCUGCCGGUUACGGUGGCGGUCUUGGUGCCGGCGACGGCGGUCGAGUCGCGCUCACUUCCGCGACAUCCAUCGUCACCUCGCGCGCCGUCAACGGCGGGUGCAUCGGUCUCGCCGCGGCCAACGUCUCGGCCUCUGACUCGACUCUAUCGGAGUGUUUGGCGUCAAGUGCCGGUGGCGGCUUCUGGGUUGGUACCGCAGGCCGCCUGGAUGGGCUCCGCCUCGUCGCUUCGGACUGCCUUGCAUCCGGAAGUGGCGGUGGUGGCUGGAUUGCUGAUGCCGGCGUGGCCGAUCUCGCCGACUCGGACCUUGUCCGCUGCGUCGCUGCCGACUCGGGCGGUGGCCUUGCUGCUGUUGCAGGCUCGGCUGUCACUCUCUCGGCUGCGACCGAGCUCGUCAACUGUACCGCCGGUGGUUCCGGAGGCGGCGUCGCUGCCCUUGGUGCCACACUUUUCGUAUCCAAUGCCCACAUCCGUGGUUGCUCCGCGAGCAACGACGGCGGCGCUGCCGCUGCCCACGGCCUCUCAGCCUCGCUCUUCCUCAAAGCUGUGCAACUGACGAGCAACACCGCUAGCUAUGGUGGCGGUGUCUCGGCUGACUACGAUGGUGUCUUUACCUUGACCGAUGUCACCGCCCUCGCCGAUGUUGCGCUCGUCACGGGCGGGAGCCUCUACGUUCGUGGAGGUGGAAGCGGUCUUGUCCAGCGGUCAUCGCUCGUCGAUGCGUCAGUCGUCGGCUCUGGGGCCGGUGGCUGUGGCCGCGUCGAGAACGGAAGUCUCACCCUCGUUGCUGCUGUUCUCCGCGGAUGCUCCGCUGGCGACGGCGGUGCUCUCUGGGCCAGCGGUCCGGCCGCUAAGCUCGUUGUCAACGACACCCUCGUCGACACCUGCACCGCCGCCCAGGAUGCCGGUGGCAUCGGCGUCGGUGCGGGCGCCGACGUGGUCGUCACCGCUACCAACGUCACCAGCUGUAUCGCAGGUCGCGACGGUGGCGGUAUGCUUGUCAGCGGUGACGGCCUGUCGUCGGUGGCGCGCCUGUCUGUCGCCACCUCGCGGCUGAUCGCCAACCAAGCUGUCCGCCGCGGCGCAGGCCUUGCGGUCUGGGCUGCGGCAAACGCUACCUGCGACGCGCUUGUCUCAGACUCGGUCUUUGACUCGAACGCUUGCGCAGGUGAUGGCGGUGGCGCCAGCGCGCACGGUGCCGGCGCCCGCGCUGUCUUUACCGACGUCGCCAUGGCGCUGGAUACUGCGGCGAGCUCGGGUGGUGGCGUGUACGUCGCACACGGCGGCAAUCUGCAUCUCAUCACCUGUCUCCUCUCCAACCAUACCGCGUCGAGCUAUGGCGGUGCGGUUCACGUUGCGCCUGUCGGUAACGUCACUGUCACCCACUCGAUCAUUGACGCCGGGCUCGCGGGCCUCGACGGCGGUUGCGUCUCCAGCGCUUCGCAAGCUGGCCUCUGGCUUGACUCCUCGCAGCUGACGCGUUGCUCAGCUGGCCGCGAUGGGGGUGGAUUUGUCGCCUCGGCCGUUGCCGCCGUCAACCUGCUCGACACGCUUGUUAGCGACUCGACCGCCGCCCGCCAUGGUGGUGGCGGGUACGUCAUGCCGGCUGCAUCAGCAGUCGCGACCCAGCUACGGGUAAUCACUUCAGUCGCGCUUACCGGCCAUGGUGGAGGCAUCGGCGUUGGCGCAGGUGGCGAGCUCGACCUCGUCUCGUCAUCGAUCGCUGCUUGCACUGCUGCUGGGCCUGCCAGUAACGGUGGUGGCCUCAGCAUCGUCUCCGGCAGUGUGCGCGCGCUCGGCCUCAACGUCUCGCUCUCUGUCGCCAGCAACGGUGACGGUGGCGGCGUGUGGGCCACCAACGCAAGCUCGGUCUUUGAGCGCUCGACCUUUGUCGCCUGCUCUGCCGCAAAGGCUGGUGGCGGCCUCGCAUACACGCUUCCGUCGAGCGACAACCUCCUUACUCGGGUUCUGGUCGACAGCUGCACUGCGGCCGGCGUCGGCGGCGGCAUCGCCGCCCACGACUCGGUCGUCGUCUACGUCAUCGACACCGUGAUCACGUCGAGCACAGCCAGCUCUGCUGGUGGUGGCUUGCACCUGGCCAACGCGGCGUCGGUUACCCUGGCCCGUGUUGCGGUCGCUGGCAACACCGCUGGCGGCGCCGGUGGUGGCGCCGCUGUUGUCACCGCUGGUAGCCUUCGGCUCGAGGACGGCUCGCAGCUUACCCGCAACAUGGCCACCAAUGGUGGCGGGCUGUGGAUCAGCUCCGACUCGCUGUGCGUCGUCACCGCCGCCAGCCUCGCGGCCAACAACGCGACGGCAGUCGGUGGUGGCCUUUACGUCAACGGCUCGGCCAUCGCCCACGUUGUGAACGGCUCUGUGGUUACCGGCAACGCCGCGAACGACGGUGGUGGCCUCGGUGUCGAUGCCGGGUGGCUUGACGCCAACGACUCGAGUGUCACCGCAAACUAUGCUGCCAACGACGGCGGAGGCUUCUGGGUUGGCGCUUCCGGCCGCUUGGUCAUGGCAGCGGCUGCGCUCGCCGAGAACACCGCCGCUCGCGAUGGUGGUGGGCUCGCCGCGGCCGCCGGCGGCGACGCCAAGCUCGUCAGUGUUACUCUCGACCGAUGCUCCGCCGCACGACAUGGCGGUGGGUUGAGCAUCACUGGUUCCGCAGCCAUCGCCUCGCUCCUCGCCACCACAGCCACCAAUUGCUCUGCCGCCGCCCAUGGCGGAGGACUCUCGGUUACCUCGGCCGCGACCGUCACCCUAACCAGCUCGCACAUUAACUCGUGCACUGCUGUCGACGGCGGUGGACUCGCUGUGGCAGAUGCUGACGCUCGGCUUACCCUCAUCGCCUCGCUCGUCUCGCACUGUGAGGCCGCGGCCUCUGGUGGUGGACUCUGGCUUGGCCCGGCCUCGCUUGGUAGCCUCCAGGCAAGCCGGAUUGCCCAUUGCACAGCCUUCAUUCACGGCGGCGGGAGCAUGGUCUCGGGCGCGAGUGCCGGCCUGGUUGGUCUGGACUCGUACUGGGACGGCAACAUGGCGGUGCUCGGCUCCGGCGGCGGCGCUGCUGCCGAUGCCGGUGGCCAGUUCAACGGCACCCGGCUUCAGUUUGCCGCCAACGUCGCAGCGUCGGGCGCAGGCGGCGGUGUCUUUGCCGCCAACGCCUCGCGCUGUGACCUCGACGACUGCCUCCUCGCCAACAACACUGCAUGGCUGUAUGGCGGUGGCAUCGGGCUCGGCAGCGACGGCAGACUGGCCCUCCAUGCCUCGGAGCUCCUCAACAACUCGGCAAUCGCUCCCGCCUCGGCCUUUGGUGGCGGCCUCGGUCUCGCUGGGCCAGGCUCUUCGGCUGUGGUCACAAGUUCGCUCCUCGCUGACAACUCGGCAAUCGACGGUGGUUGCAUCGGCGUUGAUGCCUCAGCGGUCUCCCCGGGCUCGUUUACGCUCAUAGACUCGCAGCUGGUUGCCGGCUUUGCGUUGCGGGAUGGCGGCGGCUUGUGGUGUGCCCAGUGCGACGCCUCGGUUGUCCUUGUCCGCGUCUCUGUGGCCAACGCCACCGCAGGCCGCGAUGGUGGCGGCAUGCUCUUUACCCGCACGGGCUCCAGUGGCGCAGCCUCAGUCGUGUCCGGCUCCAUCGCCUCGUGCUCCGCCGCGAACGGCGCGGGUGGCCUCGCCGCCACCGCCGCCGCAAACGUCUCGCUCUCGGCCGGUCUCGUCCUCCGUCACUUGGUCGCCGCCUCGGCCGGCGCCGGUGGCAUCGGUGUGUGGGACGCCGCCUUGGUGGCUUCGGAUCUCCACAUCGAGUCGUGCACCGCCGCAGGUGGUGGCGCAGGUGGCGGCCUGCUUGUCUCGGGCUCGGCUGCGAGCGUCCAGCUCGCCCGUGUUCUCGUCGAGUCAUGCGCCGCCUCGGCCGCUGACGGUGGUGGGCUCUGGGCUGCCAACUCUGGUCGUCUCGCGGCCGCAGACCUUACGGUUGUCUCGUGCUCUGCCGCAGGCUCCGGCGGCGGGCUCGGCGCUGGCUCAUCCGGCGUCGUGGACGUUCGCCGCGCGCACCUCUCGCACUGCUUUGCCGCACUCGAUGGCGGUGGGCUCGGCUGCCUUGGUGAUGCCCACUGUGCGUUCGACUCGGUCAUCGUCUCCCACGGAACCGCAGGCCGGAUCGGCGGUGGUGCUGCUGCUGCCACCGGUGGCAUGCUGGUCGGCGCCAACGUCACGGUCGUCUUUUCCAACGCCACCCUCUCGGGUGGCGGGCUUGCCGCCUCAAACGGCAACAUCUCGCUGACCAACUCGACGAUUGCGGACAAUGUCGCCAGCUGCAUUGGUGCAGGCCUCGCCGCUGGAGGCGGCGGUGUUUGGGUCGAGGCCUCGCUUGUCUCGCUCGACGCCGCAGUCAUUGCGCGCAACCGUGCCCUAGGUGGCUCGGGUGGCGGCCUGCUGGCCUCGGCUGCAGGCGCUGAGGCCGACGUCGUUGUCACAGCCUCGAGUCUCGAGGCCAACACGGCCGAUCGCGGCGGCGGUCUCUUUGCUCGUCAUGCCACCAAGUUGCGGCUGGCCGGCUGCACCGUCGCCGCCAACAUCGCCGCCGGUCCGGUCGCUUGCGGCAGUACCGCUGUAAGCAUCACCGCCGUCGAGGCCACGGCCGCCGCAGCCGCGGCGCGCGCUAGCGACACGGUUGGCGGUGGCGGUGGGCUCUGGCUCGGUGGCGUCUCUGCCGGCGUCGUUAUCGCCGACACCGUUCUCGAGCGCAACGUCGCAUCAGGCUGUGGCGGAGGCGCGCUCAUCUUCGAUGCAGCCGUCCCGACGCUCACAGCCGUCACCUUCCGUGCCAACCUUGCGCUCUGCGGCGGCGGCCUUGCGCUGUGGCGCGGCGCCGACGUCACCAUUGCCGGUGCGAGUGCCUUUGACGCCAAUCGCGUCGGCGGCGUCGCUGGUGCCGGUGCGGGUGCUGGCGCCGGUGUCUGGAUGUCCGAGCAGGCGAGGCUGAUCAUGGCGGCUGUCGAUGUCCGUGGCAAUGUUGCCGAGGGCAAUUGCUCCGCCGGCGCUGCUGGAGGCGGUUUUGCUGUCUUCAACGGCUCGGUCGCCAUCCUCAGCAACCUCAUCGUUGCCAACAAUUCUGUCUCGGUUGCCGGUCCGGCCUCCAGCCCGGAUCUUCGCGGAAUCGGCCUCGGUGCCGGUGCAUGGAUUGAGGGUGCAGGCGCCGAGCUGGUGGCCUCGGGCGUCGCAUGGCUCGACAACUCCGCCGGUUCGUCGCUUGCUCUGGGCUACGGCGGAGGCAUUGGCCUCGGCCCGCUCGGUAACCUCACGCUGGCCGCGAGCUCGUCGGUCGUCGGCAACUCGGCGUCUGGCGACGGUGGAGGGCUCUACGUCUCGGCGAACGCGCACGCGCUCGUCCACGACUCGACCAUCACUGCUGAUACCGCCAGCGCCCGUGGUGGCGGUGCCGCCGUCUUUGGCGAGCUCCGCCUCGACCGCAGCGCCCGCAUCGCACACUGCGUCGCCCUCUCUGGUCAUGGCGGCUGUGUCUACAUUGGCGCUCCUGGCUCCUUGCUCACCACCAACUCGUCGCUCGUUGGUUGCUCUGCUAGUGACGGCGGUGGAUGCGUCGCCAACGUCGGUGGAUCGCUCGCGCUCGCAGGCACUCUCCUCGCCGAGUGCGAGGCGACCAGCGGCGACGGUGGCUGCAUCUACGCCGCGUUUGCCAACCUCACCCUCGAGGAUGUCCACUUUGAUGCUUGCUCCGCGCCAAGUGGCCGUGGCGGAGCCGUUGGCCUCGGCGAGCUCGCUCUCGUCGACAUGACCCGCGUCCUCCUCACCGCCAACUCGGCGCUCUCGGGUGGUGGCGGCGUGUUUGUCGGCCGCGACGCGUCGGUCCGCGCUGUUGGUGGCAGAGCCGCUCGCAACGUCGUCAGCUGCGGCGUCGGCGGUGCCUGGCUCGUUACCAACGGCUCGGCCGUCCUCGACACCAGUCUCUGGGAGUUUAACACGGCCAAUGGCUCGGCGUCGUGCGCCGGCGAGUGGGCUGCAGAGCCGUGGAUUGGCUCGGGUGGUGGGCUCGCCGCUAUCGGCGCUGCCACCUCGCUCGACAUCUCCGACUCGUCCUGCGUCGCUGGUCUCGCCGAUGCCUAUGGUGGUGGUGUCUUUGUUGCUCACGGCACUCAAGUCUCUCUCACCCGCACCAACAUCUCGGCCUCGUACGCUGGUCUCUCGGGUGGUGCGCUGGGCGUCUGGCACGCCUCGCCGCGCAUUGCCUCGUCCAAGCUCGCCGACUGCAUCGCUGCCCGCGACGGCGGUGGGCUCUUUGUUUUGGGCGAGAACGCAGCUCCAGUCUUCUCGAGUCUGCUCAUCUCGGCAUGCGAGGCCGGUCUCGACGGUGGCGGCCUCGCCGCUGUCCUUUCGUCGCUCACCCGCCUCGACUCGGACUCGGUCAUCGACAGCUGCCGCGCUGGCCGGCUCGGUGGCGGUGUGUGUGUACGCGCCGCUGGCUCGGUCGUCGUGCGCGACACUGUCAUCACGGGCUGCACCGCAGCGUCGGACGGAGGUGGGCUCGCAGUCUCUGGCCUGGCCUCGCAGCUCAAUCUCACAGCCGCAGUCGUCUCUUCUUGCGUCUCGGCUGGUGACGGUGGCGGCCUUGCCUCUGUUGACGCCGGCCGCUUCGCCGCGGUCGACGUUGUGGUCCGCGACUCGGUCGCCGCGCGCGACGGUGGCUGCGCCGCAGUCCGCGACUCUGGCGUUCUCGUCGCCUCGGACUAUCUCUUUGAAAAGUGUGAGGCUGCCCGCUCCGGCGGCGGACUCUGCGGUGACCGAUCCGCACAGCUGGUCCUCGCCUCCGGCCGGCUUGUCGCAAACCGCGCAGUGGCCGGGAACGGUGGUGGCCUAAGCGUCGCGCUUGGCUCUGUGGUUGAGAGCGACGAGCUGGUCGUCUUCAACUGCUCAGCUGCUACCGCCUCGGGCGGUGGCGCCAGCGUCGUCACCGGUGCCCGGCUCACCGCCCAAGACCUCCGGAUUGAAGCCUCGGACGCAGCAGUCGACGGUGGCGGGCUGCUGGCUGGCUCGGGCGCCCAGGUCGUCCUGGCCAACGUGAGCGCCAUCGCCAACAUCGCCGGCCGCUCGGGCGGCGGGCUCGCCUCGCAGUCGGGCGCGCAAAUGGUGGUCUCGGUCUGUGUGGUCGAGGCCAACACUGCGGGUGCCGGCUCGGGCGGAGGCGUCUUUGGUCAAAACGCGGUCUUCAACGCUUCCGGACUGGCAGUGGUCCGCAAUGUCGCCACCACCGGCUCGGGCGGCGGCAUCGGCCUCGAGGCUAUGGUCACAUUUGACGUCAACCAGGUCGUCGCCUCGUCCAACGAGGCCAACUCGACCGGUGGUGGGCUCUCGAUCGCUGCCGCAGACCGGGUCGUUCUCGCAGACGUCGAGCUCGGGACCAACACUGCUGGCUACGCCGGCGGUGGCUUUUAUUUUGCCGACGUCGCCUUUUCGGCCAUCACCGGCUUUGUCGUCGCUGACAACUCGGCUGGCAGCCUCGGUGGUGGCGGCUACGUUGGCUCGUCCAACGCGCUUGUCACCAACUCGACGGUGGUCCGCAACACCGCCGGCGAUCGCGGCGGCGGCAUCUACCUCCGCGACGGCGGCGAGCUGGUCAUGGACUCGGUCGAGCUCCACGACAAUGCCGCUGGCUCCGAGGGUGGCGGCGUCUUCCUCUCCUCGCUCUCGGUCUCGCGCAUCAUCGCCGCUUCCAUCGUUUCCAACACUGGUGGCGCCCGUGGCGGUGGCGUCAUGUGCGAGGCCUCGGCGGUGCUUGAAGUCCACACCUCACGGGUGGCGGCCAACACAGCCGCCACCCGAGGCGCCGGUAUUGCUGUCGUCAGCUCGGCCUCGACCCUCCUCAGGUCCUCGAUCGUCUCCUCCAACGUUGUGACCGACGCUGGUGGCUCUGGUGGUGGCGUCUACGCCGACUCGGGUGCGCUUGUUGAGCUCGUUGGCUCCAUCGCUGUCGGCAACAACGCGUCUCUCGGCGCGGGUGUCGCCGUCGAUGGCGCCAAGGCUGUUGUCAACGGCUCCUACCUGUGGGGCAACCUGGGCCGCGAUGCCUGCGGCGGCCUGGAGGUCGUCGACAGCGUCCUCGAGCUCCAUGCCCUGCCCGACGCCUCCGGCCUCGCUACUCGUGCCCUCCUCGCAGAUGAACUCUCUGCUGCGCUUCACGGUGCGUCGCCCAACGCGCUGGCUGCCGUCGAGGCCGCAUCACUCGUCGACGGCAACGUGGGCGGGCCGGUCGGAGUUUGGGACGAGACCAUCGUCGGCUUCAACGUCGCCAACGUCGGCAACGGCGGUGGCAUUUGUGCCGUCCGGUCUGCCUCGGUUAUCCGCCACCUUGUCGCCCUCGGCAACGACGCACUCGCCGCGUCGGCCGGAGGCAUCUUUGUCGCCAAUGGCACUCUUGACGGUGCUGAUCUACUGCUCGCCAACAACUCUGCCGCGCUUGACGGCGGCGGUGGCAUCGCGACCGGCGCCUCUCUCGAUGGCUCUUUCCGCACGCUCCGGGCCUGGCACAACGUGGCCGGUCGCUCCGGUGGCGGGCUGCAGGUCAGUGGCCCCGGUGUGGUGCGCGUCGCCAACUCGCGCCUUGAGAGCAACACGGCGGUGACCGGCUCAGGCGGCGGCCUCGCGGUCGACGACGCUCUGCCGAUGGUCAUCUCGACCACCCUCCGAGCCAACGAGGCCCGGGUCGGCUUUGGCGGCGGCGCCCAUUUCUCGGCAGGCCCUGCUCCGUACACUCUUGUCGGCUGCACUGUCGACGCCAAUGUGGCCCUCUCCGGCGGUGGUCUGGCGUUCCGCGACUCUGCUGUGGUAGUGACCCGCACUCUUCGGGGCACCAACCUGACCGCCACCCACAACCUGGCGGUCGCCGGCUCGGGCGGCGGUCUGUACGCCAUCUCGUCGACGCUGGACAUGCUCGACUCGCACCUCGCUGCCAACGCCGCUUAUAUGAGCGGCGGCGGCGCGUUCCUCGCCUCGGGUGUGGCGGGCAGCUACCAUGUCUCUCGCUCGACGCUGGAGGCCAACGCUGUCGCCGCCGGCUCGGGCGGCGGAGCCUACGUUGCCGCCGACGUUGUUGCCACCUUUGCCGACUCGAUCGUGCGGACAAACGUAGUUAGCGGUGACGGCGGUGGGCUCUACGCCAACGCCUCGUCGCCCCGGGUAGAGCGCACCCUCAUCGCCAGCAACAAUGCGUCGGGCUACGGUGGCGGCUUUGCCGGUUUCGGCUCGGCGGCUGUCUUUGUCGACUUGACUACCUCGGGCAACUCGGCGGAGCUGAACGGUGGCGGCUGGGCACUGCUGAGCGCCAGUGCUCCGGUGCUGAGCGGGCGGAACGUGGUUGCGGCCAACGCGGCUGUCGCCGGCGGCGGCGUCUUCCUCGCCGCCUCGUCGGUCCUCUCGGCCUCGCUUGUCGAGAUCGGCAACAACACCGCGUCUGCUUUUGGCGCCGGCUUUAUGGCCGAGACCAACGCCUCGGUUGUCCUUGUCUCGUCGCAGAUUGUCGGCAACGCUGCUGCGAGCUAUGGCGGUGGAGGUAUCGUCGACGACGGCUAUCUCUCGCUGAGCGACGUUUCGGUCAUUGGCAACACCGCUGCAACCUACGGCGGUGGGCUUGUCGGCCGCAUCUCAGUCGUUGCCGUCCACGCCUCGGUCGUCACUCGGAACGGCGCCGCGGCCGGCAGCGGUGGCGGCGUCCACGUCGUCUCGUCGCGCCUGGUCGUUCUCGACUCUGAGGUCACGCUCAACACUGCCAGCGCGAGCGGCGGCGGUGUCUUCCUCGCCACCGAUGUCUACACCGCGCUCAACACCACAAUUAUCGCCGGCAACUCGGCCCACGCCGGUGGUGGGGUGUACGCGCUCAACUCGACUGCGUCGGUCCUUGGCUUUUCGGUCAUCCGCGACAACAUCGCAGCGGCCUCGGGUGGUGGCCUCUACUACGACGAGGCUGAGACCCAGCUGGUGGCCACGGUUGUCGAGGCCAACACCGCCAUCGGCAUCGGUGGCGGCAUUGUGCUCACCGGCGGAUCGGACCCGGUAGUCCAGGAUGCGGUGCUCGCACGGAACACGGCGGCGUACGGCGGCGGCUUCGGCAUCUCAGACGAGGCUCAUCCAAUCCUUGUCCGCACCACCGUCGUCCUCAACGUCGGUCUCAUCGACGGCGGCGGCGCGUACGUCUCGGACGCAGGCAUCGCCGAGUUCCCCUUCUCCACCUUUGCCAACAACACCGCGGUGGCCGGCAGCGGCGGCGGCAUCGUCGUCGCCACCGGCUCCAACCUUGUCCUCGACGACACCAGGAUCGAGUACAACAAGGCCGGCGCCUCGGGCGGUGGCCUCCACGUCGUCGACGGCUCGCUCAACAUGUCGCGCUCAAUCUUUGUCGGCAACUCGGCCGGCGAUCGCGGUGGCGCCGUCUCGGCCCUCGGCAUGAUUUACUCGCAGCUGGUCGACCUUGUCUUUGACGGCAACUCUGCUGGCUACCACGGCGGUGCGGUCUUCCUUAACUCGUCGAGCAACGCCCGUGUCCUCCGCACCGUUCUCUCGGGCAACGAGGCGGCCACCGGCCUCGGCGGUGCCAUCAUGGCCUUCAACGUCACCGACGUCGAGCUCGACGCGGUCACCAUGACCGGCAACACCGCCGACGGCGCUGGCGGCAUCUUUGUGAACGGCCGCGCCCUGGUGGUACUCCGCAGUCAGCUCACCGCCAACACCGCACGCGCUGGAUCGGGCGGCGCUGUCGUGGUCGCCGGCAAGUCGUUUGCCGUCUUUACCGCAGUCACCGUCGAAGACAACGUAGCGUUGGCCAACGGCGGCGCGCUAAGCUUCGAGACCCAGGCCCAGGUCCGGUUCGAGGACUCGGUGGUGAGCGGAAACAGCGCCGGGCAGGACGGCGGGGCGGUGUCGACCAUCGCUGGCGCCGUCUCGACCUUUGUCUCGUGUACGCUCUCGCGGAACAUCGCCCAGCGUGCAGCAGGUGUCACCAUCCGCUCCGCCGAGUCCCUCCUCCUCAACUCGACCGUCGAGGCCAACACCGCGACAACGCUCGGUGGCGGUGUGUACAUGGAGGACUCGAAGCUCACGCUGAGGUGGUCCAACUUUUCGGCCAACGCCGCCGUGACCAACGGCGGCGGCCUGUGGAUGACCAGCUCGGUCUUUGACGGCUCCGACUCGGCCUUUGUGGCCAACUCGGCCGGCGGGGUCGGCGGCGGCAUCGCUGCCUACGCCUCGCAGAUCUCCCUUGCUGACGCCACCUUUAACGCCAACCGUGCCUCGCAGUUUGGCGGCUGCCUCUUUGGCGAGACACUGCACAACUCGACCUUCAAGGACUCGGUCUACUCCAGGAACGUCGCCCGCUCUGGCGGGUGCAUGUACACCUUUAACGGGCGCUCAACGCACUUUUCCAACUCGCUCUUUGAGGCCAACGCCGUCGUCUCGCCUGACACUGCACGCGGCGGCGCGCUCUACGCUGAGCGCGACGAAGAUCUUCAUGUCACCGAUGUGAUCCUCCGCGGCAACUCGGGUGCGUCCGGUGGUGGCGUCUUUUGGCAGAGCGUGGUGUCGGCGAGCAUUCUCCGGGUCACUGCCGAGGACAACUUGGUGGCUGUCCUCCCGUCGACCGGCGCCGGCCUCCAGCUCUCGGGCUGCUCCAACGUCAGUGUCCACGACGUCACCGCGCUCCGCAACUCGGCCGCCAACAACGGCGGCGGCAUGGCGUUUGAGCAGGUCACCGAUGUCACCAUCUCGAACUGUGUGCUUGAGGGCAACACCGCCAUCGCCGGUUCGGGCUCGGCGCUCUUCUCCACGCUCAACUCGCGCCGGCUCCAGGUGGUCAAUGUGAGCGUGACCGGCAACACGGCCGCGCUCGCUGCCGUCCACAUCGAGUCCUCGUUUGACUUUGUUCUCGCACACUCGGUCCUCUCCGGUAACCUGGAGGGCUCGCUGAGUGUGAGUUCCUCCACUGGUGCGAGCAUCCACGACCUGAUCGUGACCCAGGUGACCGGCGGUGAGCGGCCGGCGGUCUACGUCCGUGACAGCACAGGCGUCGAGUUUACCCGGCUCAACGUCACCGACAUCAACACGGUGGUGGUCGGCGCCGCGGUGAUGGUCGACGACACACCGCCAUCGGCGUCGCGGGCAGCCACGGCCGAGGCCCUGGCAGGUGACAACCUGCCGACAGUCCUCUUCACCUCUUGUGCCUUUGAGCGCAAUGUGGCCGGCGAAGGCGGUGCGGUCUCGCUCCGCUACGCCAACACUCGCUGGUCGCGGUGCAGGUUCGCCUCCAACCGGGCGCUCUCCAUCGGCGGCGCCAUCUCGGCGCGGGCCUCGAUCGUCGGCACAAACCUGGUCACCGACUCGGUCUUCCUCGUCAACUCGGCCCAGGUCGGCGGCGCGCUCUUUGCCGGUGGAAGCUCAGUGCUCAAGGUGACCAACUCGCUGUUCGAGAGCAACGUCGGAGGCGACCUCGGCGGCGUGGUGGCCACGUCACGGACCGCGAGCCCGCGGCUGGAGGACUGCGUCUUCCGGCUCAACUCGGCGCCGCAGGGUGGCGUCGUCUCGUCGGACCAGAGCGGCCACGCCUUUGUGGUCGGCGGCGAGAUUGUCGACAACGUCGGCGCCUUUGGCGGCGUGGUGUACACCAAGGACGCCGGCCAGGUCACGCUGCAGAGCGUACUGCGGCUCUCGCGAAACACAGCCGAAGCCGGUGGCGUCACCUACUCGUUUGGCGCGUCGGGCGUCCACAUUCUGGACUGCGUCAUCGAGGCCAACUCGGUCGACGACGCCGGACAAGGCGGCGUUGUUUUCGCCACCAUCUCGUCGACGGUGGAAAUUGUGCGGACGACGCUGACUCGGAACGUGGCCGACACCGGCGGCGCGGUCUAUGCCACCUCGACCUCGUCCGUCAGCAUUGUCGACUCGCUCCUCACCCUCAACUCGGCGCGGCAGACGCUCGACCAGGGCGGCGGUGCGGUGUCAAUCGACCAGGGCGGGACUGUGGUCAUCGAACGCGGCGUCGUUUCGCGCAACGACGCGCUCGACGGCGGCGGCGUGUACAUGCGGUUCGACUCUUUGCUUGUGGUCCGCGGCACCCGCAUCGCCGACCACUUUGUGGCCGGCCAGGGCGCAGGCAUCUACUGCCGGCAUUCGGGCGGGCAGAUCCGGCUAGAGGGCGCGACAAUCGAGUCGUGCCAGGCCUCGGACGGUGGCGGAGUGUACUCGCUCUGCUCAACCUCGGUCGUCGGCGGCGUGUUCGCCUCAAACAAGGGCAACAACGGCGGCGCCCUGACGACUGCGUCGAACCCGGGCCAAAUUGCAGUGAGCGGUGGCACCGAGUUCCGCGACAACGUGGCCGCCUUUGGCGGUGCCAUCUACUUUCUGCCCAACUCGACCGGCCCGUCGGCGGCGCUGGUCACCGAAGGCCGGUUCGACUCCAACUCGGUGGACAUCGCUGGCGGCUGCGUCUACUUUGAGUCAGCCUUCCCGGUGGUCGACCCGUGGUGCGUCGAGUGCUCCUACACCGGCAACGUGGCCGAAGGUUACGGUCCGGUCCAGGCCUCUGUUGUCUCCAAGAUGUCGAUGAUCUCGCAGUGGCCGCAGCUGAAGGAAGCCAACGAGCGGUUCGGGUCGGUCAUUGCGCUGCAGGACUACUUUGAGAACACCGUGACGCGGACAACCGAAGGCGACCGGCCAAUCCAGGUCAUCAUCAAGGUCGUCUUUGACUUUGACGGCGACGGCACCUACUCGGAGUUUGAGGGCCUCGGCACUCCGCCAGCCGUUCUGCAGGGCACGGUCUCGGUGCCGGUCAUCGAGGGCCUCGCCACCUUUGAGAACUUGCUCCUCAAGGUACUCGACCUCUCGCAGCCGUACACGCUGCAGUGGACCUCGAUUCCCGAGACGACGACGCUGGUCAACGAGACGGUGCGGAGCACGUGCGGGCCAGGCUUUAUCGUCGACCGCGACAUUGCCGGCUUUAUCAUCUGCAUCCGCUGUCCGUACGGAACCUUUAACCGGCGGGCAGGCAGUAUCACCUGCUUGCCGUGCCCGAUCGGUGGCCUCUGCGCCGGUGGUGACGACGUAGGCUCGACGCCGGGCUUCUACGAGAUCACCGACCCGAACGAAGAGGUCCCGGUCUUUAAGCGCUGCGGCAUUCCGGGCGCGUGCUGUCCGACCCCGUCGGGGCUCGGCUUUUGCGCCGCCGGCUCGGCCCGGGUCUGUGGGCGCAACCGAGCCGGCGUGCUCUGUGCCGACUGCGCCGAGGGCUUCUUCCUGGUCUCCAACAAGUGCGUCAAGUGCGACGGGUACAACUGGCCGCUCAUCAUGCUGCUGCUCCUGCCUGCGCAGGCCUUUGUCAUCAUGACCCUAGCCAAGAAGCCCGGCAAGGGCGGUGGACUCAUCAAGAUUGUGCUGUACAUGGCGCAGACGUGCCCACUCCUCAUCGGGCCCAUCUCGCCGUUCUUCAACAUUUUCUCGGUCCUUCUCCUCUCGCCCGAGGUGCUCGAGCGGCUGGUGGUGGGCGAGCCGGACGAGAACUCGUCGUCGUCGUCGUGUCUGGCCCCGCUCUCCCCGCUGGAGAAGCAGAUGGCGAGCCUGGUCAUUCCGCUUGUCCUCUUUGCACUCCUCGGUGCCAACUUGCUCGUCCACCUAGUGCUCCGGAUCGCCGGCGUCAAGUACUUUAAGCGGAUGCGGCUGGACAUGUACGUGGCGGGCGCGCUAGCCAUUGCCGGCUUUUCGUACUCGACGCUGGCCAAGACCUCGCUGCAGCUCCUCAACUGCUUCCAAGUCGACGGCGAGCAGCGGCUGCAGGUGGCGCCGGACGUGCCGUGCUACCGUGGCGCGCACAUUGUGCCGAUGGUUCUCGCCAUUGUCAUUAUUGUGCUGCUUGUCCUCCCGCUCCCGCCGAUGCUCGCCGGCCUGCUGCGGUACUACCGCAACCGGAUCCGCGACCCGCUGCGGCCGCUCGAGGCCAACGGCCUCCGCGACGCCGUUGUCACCCGCCGCUUCGGUGCGCUCUUUGGCGCCUACCGGCCGUCGGCCUACUUUUUCGAGGCCGUCGUCAUCGGUCGACGAACGCUGAUGACUGCGCUGUACGUGGCGUUCUUCCAGGAUGGCCAGAACCGCCAGCUGGUGCUCAUGAUCGCGUGCUCGUUCCUUGUUAUUAUCCACAUGGUGUACAUGCCGUUUGUGGACACGGCGUCAAACCGGCUGGAGCUCUUCUCGCUGCUCGUCCUCACCCUCCUCGCCGCUCUCGGCGAGCCCGAGUCGGAGACCGAGGACGUGUUCUUCAUCCAGUCGUUUGUUAUCAUGUCGUUCAUCGGCUUCUUUGUCUUUGUCUACAUCGGCGUCCUCCGCCGCGCGCUCAAGCUCUCGGACCUCACCUUCCGCGAGUUUGCAGCCGCAAAGCUCGCUGCCAUCAAGAAGGCCCUGCGUCGGGCCGAUGACGAAGGCUACUCGUCGUACCACUCGGACGUCGACGUGCUCGCCAAGUUUGCCGGCGCUCUCGACGAAGUCGAGGCCGAGUUCCUCCUCGAAGAGAUGGCCGGCGAGCGCAAGCCGCACUGGUACGUCGCUGGCUCGGCCUCAGGCCUCCGCAUCAGCGAGUCCAUGUCAAGUAUCGACUACAGCUCGAGCAGGACGAGCGCACUCGAGUCGAGCAGCGCCGAAAGCUCGAGCGGUAGCAGUGCCAGCUCGACCUCGGCCUCGAGCUCAGACUCGGCCUCGGCCUCGAGCUCAGACUCGGCUUCGGGUGCCGGUGUUGGGACAGUCGCCGGCAAGAACGCCACCUCACCCGCGGUUGCGCCUGCGCCGUCAGGAACAACCGAAGCUGACGAUCCAGAGAGCUCGGCCUCGGUCUCAGCCUCGGUGACAUCGAUCAUGUCGCGAGAGUCCGAGGUUGGCAAGGGCCUCCCGCGCUGGUCGCGCAACAUGAGUGCCGGCCGGGCUCGACGCAACAUCGACGACACCAGCUCGGGCUCGGGCUCGGGCUCGGGCUCGAGCUCGGACUCACACGCCUGGUCGUCGACUGCAUCGGCCGACUCGCGGUCGGAGAUCCACCGCGGGCACGGCCAGCUUGGCCGCGGUGCCUGCUCGGACUCGGGAUCGGACUCGGACUCAGUAUCGUCGGGCGCCGCACUUGCCAAUCGCGUCGGCCAUCUGCACUCGACCAUGUCGUCAGUUGGCUCGCGGAGCGAAGCCGAGCGUGCUGCAGUGCGGCACGUCGGCAGCUCGUCAGCGUCGUCAUCGUCAGACCAGACCUCGGCGCUCGUUGACACCGCAAACGACUCGGAUCCGUGGUCAACGUCGGCCAGCUCGGCCAUCUCGCGCAGCCAUCAUGCCCGCGCCGUCGCCGGCGGCGGGCGAGACCAAGACACGACCGUGUACUCGACCGCCACCGUCGACGAGACCGCCGACGAGACCACCGACAACACGGCACAGUUGUCGUCGGCGUCGAUCGUCUCGAUUGACUCGCGGCUGGACUGA